UUUAAAGAGAAAUGCCAGAACAAUUGCCUGAUACUCCGACGGCAGAGAUCCAAACAGGAGUUGGUAUUUUCUUUACAAUGCUCACCCUCGUGAGCACAAGGAUUGGAGGAGGGCUUGUUGGAAUACCUGCUGCAACUGAUGUCAUAGGGUUCUUCUUUGCUCUCUGAUUCCAAAUUUGAUUUAUCCCGGUUGGAGUCCUUUCAAUAUGGAUGCUUAUACAGGCAAGAAAAAUCUCUGGAAAAGCCUCUCUCUCAGAUUUGGGAAUCUAUUGUUAUGGAAAUUUGAGUAUUUAUAUCAUUAACUUCAUGGUUGCUGUAGCCCAGCUCGGAUUUACAAUAGUGUUUUAUAUUGUUUUUGGAGAUGUAUUUGGUAACCUUAUGAAAGGAAUGGGAGCCUCAGAACAUUCAUUUUGGACUUCGAGGUGGUUCACACAGUCAGUACUAGCUUGAAUAUUAAUCUACUUCAAUCUCAAAUAAGCAAAUACAAUCAAAUGAACUCAGGUACAUAGGAAUAGGGAUUCUAGUUCUCUGUAUUCUAUUCGUGAUAAUUUUCUGGAUCCACUUCUUAGCAAAGGACCAUAAUCCAGAUCCUCCUGCAGAUUUAUUCAGGACUAAGAUUAAUGUUAAAUUCUUUUCAGGAAUUCCAACCUUUAUCGCAUCAUAUGCCUUUCAGAUUUCUUUCUUUACUGCGUUUGCAAACAUGAAAUAUCAGAAAACACGAAAUGGACAACUUGCAGAUUUAUUUGGGAGAUUGGUGAUAUUCUCGGUCUACACUUCUAUUCCAUUCAUUGCUUAUUCGAUCUAUGGAGAUAACAUGAAGACGAACUUAUUAAAGACUGUGGUUAGCGACAAAUCUGCAUUUGCAUAUGUGCUGCAGAGUAUCUUCUUGUUAGUCUCGAUAAUGGCUAUUCCACCAAACUUUUUCAUUGGUAAAGAAGCGGUUUUAAUUAUAUUUGAUGAGAUUACUAGGAGAAGCUACUCCCAACAUAACACUCGAAUGCUCAGGAGGAAAAUCAAAGCAGAUAAAAAGAAGCUUAUUAAGACUAUAAAUAAUUCAGAACCAAGCAUGAGCUCCAGUAGAGAUGACGGGUCUAUAGUUGAUGUGGGUAGCAUGGACUUGACAGAAGCUUCCACUGAUAUAGAAAUUGUUCUACCCCCAGAACCAGAUCCUUGUGAGUAUAUGACAAUGCGGCCUGUCUUCUAUUAUACAAUAGUUCUGAGUCUUCACGCACUAACAACCUUCCUGGCUAUCUAUGUAGGAGAUAUAGCAUUAUUCACCGGAGUUAUCGGUGCUACUACUGGUUGUUUCAUCACAUUCAUUGCACCAGGCUCCUUUUACAUCAUCUGUUUGAAAAAGAAUCGACUAGAAGCUCAGGCUAUAGCAGCUUGGUUCUUCGUCUUCUUCGGAAUAUUUGCUUCUAUUGGCCUAAACGUGUGCGUCAUACUGUCCCAGGUCUGGAGUGACCAUUAUAAAGAAGAAGACGGGUUUUAACCACUCUAUAGUUCAAGGUUACCACCAAACUUCAUUAGAAAAGAUGGAAGGAGUCUAAAAAGAAUUUUGAAG